AUGUCGUCCCAACCGGUACACCCGACGCUCCUCAUCCCCGGCCCAAUCGAAUUCGACGAUGCCGUCUUGCAGUCCAUGAGCCACUACAGCGAAUCCCAUGUCGGUCCAGGUUUCGUCGCUACUUUUGGAGAGGCCUUGUCGAUGCUACGUAAGCUCUUCCAAACAACCUCGCCCACUUCGCAACCAUUCGUUAUCUCUGGAUCGGGUACGCUUGGCUGGGACUUAGUAGCUGCGAAUCUUGUCGAGGCUGGCGAAAAAGUCCUAGUUCUCAGUUCUGGUUACUUCAGUGAUGGCUUCGCCGACUGCCUCAGAGUUUACGGCGCCAAUGUCGACCUCCUUAAGGCUCCUGUCGGUAGCCGCCCACAAUUACCCGAAAUCGAGCAGGCAUUGAAGAGCAAGAAGUACAAGGCGAUCACAGUAACACAUGUCGAUACAUCGACAGGCGUAUUAAGCGAACUCCAGAAGUUAUCCGAGACCGUGCAGAGGGUUUCACCUGAUACGUUGCUCAUCGUGGAUGGUGUAUGCAGUGUGGCCAGUGAAGAGAUCGACUUCGAUGCUUGGAAACUUGAUGGUGUGAUAACAGCGAGUCAGAAGGCCAUUGGUUGCCCCGCAGGUUUAUCGAUAUCUAUGUUCAGCGGCAAGGCCAUAGACGCCUUCAAGGCGAGAAAGAGUCCACCAGCGUCCUAUUUUGCUUCCAUGAAGAACUGGACACCUAUAAUGCAAAACUAUGAAGCAAAGAAGCCAUCAUACUUUGCGACUCCGUCACCACAGCUCAUCCACGCCCUACACACAGCGUUAAGUCAGAUCCUCACCAAGCCACUCUCUGAGAGGUUUGCUAGGCACCGAGAGGUAUCAGACAAGAUUAAGAACGUUGUAACGGAAUUAGGGUUGAAGCAAGUCGCCUCCAAUCCGGAAGAUCAAGCCCAUGGCAUGACGGCGGUCUACCUGCCGGAGAACGUCAAGGCUACUGAUCUGCUUCCCAAGCUUGCGAACAGCGGUGUUGUCUUUGCCGGCGGCAUCCACAAGGAAAUCGCGCCUAAAUACGUGCGAUUCGGACACAUGGGUGUUAGCGUGACCGAUCCUGCAAGAACCGAUAUCGACAAAGCGAUAGCUGCACUGAAAAGCGGGUUGGCUGAGUGCGGAUAUCAGAAGGCCUAAGACCUCAAUACUGAUAAGGAUCCCGUGUGCGAACGAGUGUUAGCAAGUACAUGCGAGAAGACAAUAGUUAUUUCUCGCAGUAACCAAUUUCGGAAAAAUCAUUGGUCAGCUGGGAAAAGGAGAUGGUGUUGUCUGCCCAAAUUUGAGAUGGGCAACAAAGGAAAAAAAGGUAGUGUAACCAUCCACAACAAAAGAGGGAAUAGACUAGAGGUUCCAAAGCGCGGAAAACGAAAAAUAUAUCCUCUUCUUAGACCCGUUCAUUGUAUGCAGAUCUGCUCCAUUCAUUCGGAUGACACGACUUUGUUUUAACCACGUCGCAUUCGACCACCUAUUACCAUUAGUCUUCACCUGACUAGCCACAUAGGAGUAAUACCUAGGUAGUGAUGUGGCAUUGGCGAUGAGAAACUCGCCCUUCCUAAAUCCCCAUAGCUUCAGCCCAAUUGCCAUGCACAAAUUAAUAUAUGAUAUAGGGCGGCAGAGGACAUCCGGCUUUUUCCGUGCCCAAAGAUCAAAAGUGAGGGGAAUGACAAUGUUUAUGAAUCAUCUGCCGCUUCGAACAUAUUCAUCUUUCUCCAGAAAUAAGUAGAUGAUAGUCGUAGAUAC